AUGUCGCUCCGCUGCUCCCGCUGCCGCCUGGCCGCCCUCCGCCGCCCAGCUCCCCACCCUCACAGCCUCGCGCCGCGCCCACGCACCGCCUCGUCGCCUGUCCCAUCAGCCGUCCACGAGAUGCUCUCCCGCCCGACCUGGUCCGUCCGUUCCCUGCGCUACGGCUCUCCCUCUGCUGCCGCGUCGACAGAGCCCGUUGCCACCACUACGCCCGCGCAGCUGCACCACCUCCUACGCCUCGCCGCCCUACCGCUGCCGGCCUCCAAGUACGACGAGGACGCCAUGCUCGCCACCCUCGACAGCCAGCUGCGCUUCGUCCGCGCCGUUCAGAGCGUCGACACCCGCGGCGUCGAGCCCCUGAGCGCCAUCCGCGACGAAACGGCUCAGGGCGUCGGCGAGAGGGCCCUCGGCCUUGCAGACCUGCGUCACGUCCUCGACAAGGAAGCCCUCGUCGGCCACUACAGGCGGCCCCGCAGGGUCAGAGAUGCGCCGCUGCCCGCACAGCCCGAUGCCGGCGAGUGGGAUGCUCUGUCGACUGCGUCCAGGAAAGCUGGCAAGUACUUUGUUGUGGAGAGCGGGCCAAAGGACGGCGGUGCAUCAUGA